GAAGCGUUAAUAACAUUUGAGAUUAUUCACGUGAGUGGUUAUUCAGGGAGAAUGUAAAUCUUGUUUGCGGUUAAUGAUUGUCUUUGUACUUUAGCCUUAUUUGUCAAAGACCUGCAGCGCCAGGUUUUAUUUGAACAUGAGUAUUCAUUGCAUAGAGUUUAUGUCUGGGAUGUCGUUCAAGUUUACUUAGCAGUCUAGAUAUUGUGCUGGCAUCCAAGUAGGACUGACGUUAGCUUCAGAGAUAUGGUGAGAUAAAUUACAUUUUACCAGCCAGCAAAUAUGGCGACAACUUAUGCAAAACGUCAAUAACAAGGGUAAUGUCUCAAUUUAUGGACCCCGAAGAGAAUACGCCGUUGCUCAAUGGCGAUUCUGACAGCAUUGACACCCGGGAUGACGAUUACAAAAGCAGAUGGAGGUCAAUCCGGGUCAUGUACUUCACAAUGUUCCUUAGCAGUGUUGGUUUCACCAUUGUCAUCACAUCGUUAUGGCCCUAUCUGCAAAAGAUUGAUGACGGUGCCACUGCCGGCUUCCUGGGCUGGGUGGUGGCUGCCUACAGCCUGGGACAGAUGCUGGCGUCCCCCCUCUUUGGGUUCUGGUCCAACCACAGGCCCAGGAGGGAACCGCUGGCCUGCUCUAUUUUCAUCAACUUGGCAGCCAACGUUUACUACGCCUACGUCUACCUGCCCACUUCGGAGAACAAAUACCACAUGCUCGCGGCUCGAGCUCUCAUAGGCUUCGGAGCAGGUAACGUCGCGGUCGUUAGGUCCUACGUUGCUGGGGCCACCUCGCUGAAGGAGAGGACCGGCGCCAUGGCCAACAUGAGUGCCUGCCAGGCGCUCGGGUUCAUUCUGGGUCCAGCUCUGCAGGCUGCUUUGUCUUUUAUCGGUGAGAAAGGCCUCAGCGUGAAUCUAAUCGACCUCCAGCUGAACAUGUACACCGCUCCUGCUCUGCUAGCUGCCCUCUUCGCCGUCGUCAACGUCCUGCUCGUCCUAUUCCUACUACGGGAACAUCACGUGGACGACCAUGGAAGACACACCAGAACCAUCAAUUAUGGCUCAGAAGAAAGACUGGACGUCAGCCAGGAAACUGAUGGGGACAUUGACCAGAUCGCUGUUGUGACCUCCAAUAUUCUGUUUUUCAUCAUCAUGUUCAUUUUUGCUGUCUUUGAGACCAUAGCCACCCCUCUCUCCAUGGAUAUGUUCUCCUGGACCCGGAAAGAUGCGGUUCUGUACAACGGCAUCAUAUUGUCCUGCAUCGGCUUCGAGUCAAUCCUGGUGUUUCUCGUUGUAAAGGUCGUCUCUCAAAGGAUUGGGGAUCGUCCUGUGCUCCUUGGAGGCUUGAUCAUCAUAUUCUGUGGUUUCUUUGUGCUUCUCCCAUGGGGGGACCAUUACCCCCAAAUCAGGUGGGCAGACGUCCGGAAUGUCACCCACAAGACCUUUGACCCCAACCCGGCCUCCAACGGCUCAUUCGAGCCGACCGGCUGCCCCGCCGAGCAGACGUGGUGCCAGUACACCCCGGCGGUUCACCUUGCACAGUUCAUCGCCGCCGAUGUCCUCAUCGGGGUCGGCUACCCGGCUUGCAACGUCAUGUCCUACACCCUCUACUCCAAAAUCCUCGGAUCCAAGCCUCAGGGUGUGUACAUGGGCUGGUUGACCGCCGCUGGUAGUGGAGCUCGAACCCUGGGCCCGGUGUUCGUCUCCCAGGUGUACACGAACCUGGGGCCGCGCUGGGCAUUCAGCCUGGUCUGUGGCGCGGUGCUGGGAGCUGUUCUCCUCCUGGUGGCUCUCUACCACAAGCUCAUCGCCUUCUCGUUGCGUUACGGAAGGAUCCGGGAGUAGUAGGUCUAGGCCCACCACUCACACUCUCAGACUUUUUUUUUUGCCAAUAAUGAAGAGCCUUCACUAAUAAAGCUCAUGUUGCUACGGGUGUGUGGGGAGAUUUGUCACAAGGUCUUAGUGUGUUACUUGGGUUUGAUAUUGAAGAGGUUUUGGUGACCAAAGCGUUCAUCAAGAAUAAAUGGUAGGGUCAUUUUCAGAUCUAGAAAUUCUCUAUAAGGAAAAACUUGAAAGGUACUACUAAAAGAAACUAUUGGGGUGUGGGACCUGUGAAAUGAUGGUGUGGGAUGUCUGUCAGAAACGUCUUUGAUGGGAACUGUGAUGCGUUGAACUUUUGAUAUAAAUGGAUGGCUGAACUCCAGUUAUUUAUGUUUGUUCAAGUUGACUAGUCGGUAAUCAGUACCAGUAUUUGAAUGUUUUUAUUUUUUUCAGCCCGAGUUACUUCUGGUCUGUGGACUGUUCAAUGAUUUACUUUGAAUAACAUUUCAUGGUUAAAGUAUUUAUUUUUUUCUCA